UCUUCAGGGCAAGAUCUGCAGCUGGAAGGGGGUGCCUUGGGGUCCUGGGGGAGUGCCCCCCUGCCCUCCUCCAGGGCCAGGGGACCAGCAUCUUCAGGCAGGAAAUAUUCAGACCACUGUGAGGCCCGGGCCUCCAGGCCCGGAAAGAGCCGCAUCCCAGGCCGGGACCACCGGCGCUACUACCACGACCACUGGCGGCUGGAGUACCUGAUGGACUUCAACCCCGCCCGGCACGGCAUGGUGUGCAUGGUGUGCGGCAGCUCCCUGGCCACGCUCAAGCUCAGCACCAUCAAGCGGCACAUACGCCAGAAGCACCCCUACUCCCUGCACUGGAGCCCCCGGGAGAAGGAAGUCAUCAGCAACAGCUGGGAUGCCCACCUGGGGCUCGGGGCCUGCGGAGAGUCUGAGGGCCUGGGGGCCCAGGGGGCUGAGGAGGAGGAGGAAGAGGAGGAGGAAGAGGAGGAGGAGGGGGCUAGCCUGCAAGCUUGCCCGCCCAAGGGCCCAGGCAAAGCCCCAGCUGGUGAGGGCGGCCGAUGCCAGCGGCGAGGGGGCCCAGUGGCACCCCGGGCUCGGCGUCGGCGCCUGUCAGCCUCCCGGAGGGCCGCGGGCAGCAGGGGGCUGGGGGCCCGGCGGCUGGAGCGGAGGCUGAAGGAGUCCCUGCAGAACUGGUUCCGGGCAGAGUGUCUCAUGGACUAUGACCCUCGGGGGAACCGGCUGGUGUGCAUGGCCUGUGGCCGGGCACUACCCAGCCUGCACCUGGACGACAUCCGUGCCCACGUGCUGGAGGUGCACCCCAGCUCCCUGGGGCUCAGCGGCCCCCAGCGCAGCGCCCUGCUGCAAGCCUGGGGUGGCCAGCCCGAGACACUGUCUGAGCUCACUCGGUCCCCACCAGACGAUGACCUCGUCCCCCAGGACCUGACCAGAAAGAGCCGGGACCCCGCCCCCACUGCUGGAGCCCUACCCUCUCAGGAUCUCAGUCCCCCAGACGUAAAAAAGGAAGAGGCUGGCGGGGUCCCUGAGAGGCCCCGGCCGGCAGAGGAGGAAGAGAAGGAGGAGGGCGAGAGGGUGGGGGUCCCGGGCCAGUCGCCGCGGGGCCGUGACCGCCGCCGCCGCCGCCGCUACCAGGAGCGCUGGCGGCUGGAGUACCUCGUGGAGUUGGACGGCGGCCGGCGCGGCCUGGUGUGCAUGGUGUGCGGGGGCGCGCUGGCCUCGCUCAAGAUGAGCACCAUCAGGAGGCACAUCCGCCAGCGCCACCCGGGCUCCACGCGCCUCGGCGGGCCUGUCAAGGCCCUUAUCGCCCAGGAGUGGAGCGAGCAGGCCGCGCACCUGCUGGCCCUGGGGCUGCCCUGCCCCGAGUCCCCCAGGGACCCUGCCGCCCCCGGCACGGCCGCAGCCUCCGAAGAGGGGGGAGGGGCGGAGGAGGAGGAGCAGCCGGAGGAGGAGUGGUGGGGCGACGUCCCGCUCUCCCCAGGGGAGCCGUCGGAACGGCCCGCGGAGGAAGAGGACGACGACGAGGACCAGGAGCCCGGGGGACUCGCCUUCCCGCCGCUGCCCCCUCCGCCGCCGCCGCCGCCGCCGCCUCCCCCGCCCCGCAGCCGAGAGCAGCGGCGGAACUACCAGCCGCGCUGGCGGGGCGAGUACCUGAUGGACUACGAC